CAGCAUGGAAAAAUCUAAGAGAUUGCUUUAUGAGGGAAUAUAAAAAAUAUAGCCAGGGAUUCAGUAUACCAAUUUGAAAAAAACAAAUCCUGUUAUAUCUAAAAUUGAUGAACCAAAUAUUGCUAGAGCAAUGUAUGAGCAAAUGAGUGGUAAUGAAAAUUAUCAUUAUGAAGAUGCCAUUGAAAUUAUCUGCAUAGAGACAACAUCAUCAUCAACUAGUAUAGGAACAAAUUUAUCUUGCAAAAAAUUAAUUAAAAAGAGGGAUAUUGAUCAAGAUCUAUUUGAGCAAAUACUUGAAAUAGAAAAAACGAAAGGAAGAUUAUCUACAAAUUCUUGGAUCAAUGUCAUGCAUGGGCAAACCCUUGCAAAAAGACGAGAAAGGGGAAAGAAAAAGCUUAUUGAAAUUAUUUUUGAUAUACUCUUCAAUUUUGACAGUGAUCAAGAAUAA